AUGAGUUCUGACAGUAACACCGUUGGGUUUUGGGUAAAAAAUAAGAAAGCAGUGGUCGCAUCUGUUGCUACCGUUUCUGCCGUUGUGGCGGCUUAUUUCUAUUAUAAGCAAGUACAGGAGCUGAAGAAAUCAUUGGAUGAUGGCAAUGAUGUUGGUACAGCAUCAUCUAAAGUCGAGUACAAGUAUCUUAUGAUAAAUGAUGAGCCAGAUAUUGAGUUGAUGAAAUUAGCAGAGACUGCCGAAAAGAAUGAAUAUGCUUCUGAAUUAAAAAAGAGAGGUAAUGCCUAUUUUAAGGUCAAGGAUUAUGAAAACGCUAUAAACUACUAUAAGUUUGCUCUCCAGUUGAAAAACGAUCCUGUUUUCUACUCAAAUAUGGCAGCUUGUUAUAUAUCAUUAGAGCAUAAUAAAGAAGCUAUUGAGGCAUGUAGCAAGGCUUUGGAACUCAACCCUGACUACUCUAAAGUUCUCUUGAAGAGAGCCGCAGUCUAUGAAAAUAUCGGGAAGUUCGCUGACGCUUUGUUGGAUUUAACUGCAGUGUCGCUAAAUGGUGAUUACAAUGAUGCUACCAUACAACCUAUUGUCGAACGUGUUUUGAAUAAGCAAGCAAUGAUGGCAUUGAAGGAUCACCUUGAAGCUUCUGAAAAGAACAAAGUGCUACCUUCAUACACAUCCAUGGCUGCCUUUUUCGGUGUAUUCGAUGCGGAAACUGAUAUUCCAGGACAUGAUGCUACUGAAGAGUCGGACAAAAUAUUAUCGGACGCCUUGACACAUUUAUAUAGUCAAACAAAAGAAGGAUAUGACAGAUGCGACAGUGAAUUUACAAAAGCAACUGAAUUGUAUAAAGCAAAACUUGAGAAUGACAGAACAAAUAGUGUUACUAAUGAAAAGGCUGCUAUUGCUUUUGAACAUACUGCUAUCCUGAGCUUUUUGAAAAACGAUCCUUUAACUGCAAGAGAAUUGGUUGAUGAAGCAAUCAAGUUGCAUCCAAGACCAAAAUCUUAUAUCUACCUUGGAUUGUUAAUGGCUGACAAGGGCUUGGAUGAAGAAUACUAUAGUAACUUCCAGAAAGCUAUAGAUCUAGAUCCAAAUAUGGCAGCUAUCUAUUAUCAUCGCGGUCAAAUGAAUUUCAUAAUUCAAAAGUAUGAAAAGGCUGGGGAAGACUUCGACAAGGCUAAGGAAUGUGAUCCAACCAAUAUUUUUCCUUACAUCCAAUUAGCUUGUAUGUCUUAUCGUGAAGGACAUUUUGAUGAUUGUGAAACACUCUUCAGUGAAGCUAGAAGAAAAUUCCCUGAUGCACCAGAAGUCCCUAAUUUCUUUGCUGAGAUUCUCUCCGAUAAGGGAGAAAUCGAGAAGGCGGCUGCUGAAUAUGACAAGGCAAUUGAACUAGAAAGUAAAUCAGAAAACAUUCAUGUCGGUAUAGCACCAUUGGUUGGUAAGGCCACCACAUUACUGAAAUAUCCUACAGUGGAGAACUUCAUUGAAGCUGACGAUCUAUUUGAACAAGCUAACAAUGAAGACCCACGUUCCGAAAAGGCGAAGAUGGGCCUAGCUCAAUGCAAAUUACAACAAGAAGACUUAGAUGAUGCUAUUCGUCUGUUUGAAGAAGCUGCUAUAUUAUGUAGAACAUUGGAUGAGAAGCUCCAGGCAACUACUUUUGCUGAAGCUACCAAAGUUCAAAUGAGAGUUAGGGCGGAUGAAAGGUUACAAGCCAAAACCAUGAAAGCUUUGGAUGAAAUUCGUCGUAAUGGUGGACAAGGAUUUUGA